GCUCAUCUCGUCGUAUUGCAAAACACCUUGUAGUCGAUCUACUCAAUCGAAACCUGACAACAUCAAACAUGGCACCUGCUUUGGAGUCCAGCAAGAUCGCCUUCAUCGGCGGCGGCAACAUGGCCGCAGCGAUCAUCGGAGGCCUGGUCGCAAAGGGCAUCGACAAGCAAAACGUCACCGUCUCGGAGCCCUGGGAUGUGAACCGUGAAAAGAUGGCCGCUCUCGGCGUCAAGACCACCACAUCCAACGCUGAGGCCUUUGUCGGCGCCGACAUUGCCAUCCUGGCCGUGAAGCCCCAGGUUGCAAAGGGCGUCUGCAACGAGCUCGGCAAGGCCGUCUCGGGCCAGGAGAAGGUGCCUGUCGUCGUCUCCAUCGCCGCUGGUAUCACACUCGAGGCCCUGCAGAAGUGGCUGGCGCUCGACGACGGCCGGUCCCCGCACGUCGUGCGUGUCAUGCCCAACACCCCUGCCCUGGUGGGCGAGGGCGCCUCUGGUCUGUUCGCGGGUAGCGACGUGACCGAAGACGAGAAGAAGUUGACCGAGUCCCUUAUGGCGAGCGUCAGUAAGGCGACAGAGUGGGUUGACAAGGAGGAGCUGAUUGACGUUGUCACAGGCUUGUCAGGAUCUGGCCCUGCAUACUUCUUCGCCAUGGUCGAGCAUCUCAUUUCCAGCGCCGUUGGCCUUGGUCUCUCCCCCGAGCAGGCGAAGCGCUUGGCCACCCAGACCUGUCUCGGUGCCGGCAAGAUGCUCGUCGAGUCCCCCGAGGAGCCCAGUCAGCUUCGCAAGAACGUCACCAGCCCCAACGGUACCACACAUGCUGCUCUUCAGAGCUUCGAGGCAUCCGGCUUCCAGGAGAUUGUCAACAAGGCUGUCAAGGCUGCAGCGGAUCGCGGUGAGGAGCUUGGAAAGACUCUGGGCAACCAAUAAGGCAGUUGGUUCGCAAGAAAAACUGCACCUUUUCCCAGGCCGUUGGGACACUAUAUGGAGGGUAACAAAAAUUACGCUAGGUAUGGCUGAAGACCUCAAAAUGGGAGGGUUGGGUUUGGGAAGGUAGAUACAUGAAAAGAUGCAAAGAUGACGAC